AUGGUCCCAAACAUCGAUGGGAAUGCGAAUCGUUCCCACGUCCGUGGUGACCUCUCACCGAUAGCGUCGGAUCAGCUUCCCCCCACGAUGGCAUGGAUGUCGCCGUCCGACGUGUCCGAGAUCCCCGCUCGGCCUCCAUUGAACUCGCAGCAAUCAAACUCCCUCCCGUCCACUCCCUACCAACAUGCGCGCAACCUCUCCUUCCAUUCUCGGUCGCCAUCCCCCGCCCGUGGAAGCACAUCUCCCCGAUCAACCCAUUCCGAGGCCACCCACCUACCUCCCUCCGCCAGGAUACCACUCGGCGGCUGUAAAUAUGAAACCGCCAUGGCUUAUUUUCGAAGACGAAUACCGUAUAGUCUGGGCGCCGAUAUAUUACCGGAGGAAAAGGAUGGGUUGAAAAAGAAACUGGAAGCUGAUGAGGAGCGGAGAUUGACGACAGAUAUUAUGGAGCUCUACGAUCGGUUAUUACCGUCUGCCGAAAGUGACGAUCGACGACGGCAGUUGGUUCGGAAAUUGGAGAAGCUAUUUAACGACCAGUGGCCUGGCCACGAGAUCAAGGCCCAUGUCUUUGGAUCGUCGGGGAAUAAGCUUUGCUCUAGUGAAUCAGAUGUGGAUAUCUGUAUUACGACAGAUUUCAAAGAGUUGGAGCAUGUCUGCCUGCUGGCAGAGGUUUUGGCGAAACAUGGGAUGGAACGCGUAGUUUGCGUCUCGCAUGCAAAAGUUCCAAUUGUGAAAAUUUGGGACCCAGAGCUGAAACUGGCUUGCGAUAUGAAUGUGAACAAUACUCUGGCUUUGGAAAAUACUCGAAUGAUCCGGACUUAUGUCGAAAUUGAUGAUCGGGUUCGGCCAUUGGCAAUGAGCGUCAAGUACUGGACCAAACGACGGAUCCUCAACGAUGCCGCCCUCGGUGGCACCUUAAGUUCCUAUACCUGGAUCUGCCUCAUUGUCAAUUUCUUGCAAACUCGAAAUCCGCCCAUCCUACCGAGUUUACAGGCCCGUCCACAUAAAAAACGAGCUACCCCAGACGGGUUGGUCUAUUCCUUUGAUGAUGACCUCGAGUCCUUGUCGCAAUAUGGUCGGAAAAACAAACAGUCGGUUGGAGAGCUUUUUUUCGAGUUCUUUCGAUACUAUGGCCAUGGGCUUAAUUACGAGAAAAACGUCAUUUCUGUGCGCGAAGGAAAGCUGAUCUCAAAGGAGGGCAAGGGCUGGCAUCUGUCGGUCAACAAUCGUCUCUGUGUUGAAGAGCCGUUCAACAACUCAAGAAAUUUGGGCAACACGGCUGAUGAUACUUCGUUCCGUGGUCUCCAUCUGGAGUUGCGGAGAGCAUUCAAGUAUGCAUCUGAGGGCGACUUGACUAAUUGCUGUGCUGAGUUCGAGUUCCCGCCCGAAGAAGAGCGGACAUGGGAGCGGCCUCCACCCCAGCCGAGGCCCAUCAUCACGCCUUCUCUUCCGACGAGGGGAAGUCGGGGUGGGCGUGGAGGACGCUAUGCCAACCAGUUUUCCAGAGGAGGGUUCGCCGGCGGUCGUCGGACUUCCAACACGGGGAACAAGGGCAGUGCUUUCCGGCAACCAAAUGCCACAAAUGCCUCUGAACUAUCGUUGCAUGCGCAACAACAAGCCCAGAGCAUGUUGCACGAUCAAUUGUACCAACAGAUCCAGCUUCUCCAGGCCCAGGAGCAAGAGCUGAGGAUGCAGCUGCACAAUCAAGCCUUGAUUACCGGGAGGCCCCCGCCCGUGUUUCUGCGCCAGCCUUUCAUCCAAUUCCCUAUGCCCCAGCAACAGGAAUACUCGGUGGAUGAAAACUCUCGAUCAAGAUCAGGGACAGUGAGCCAUCCACCGCUUACACCGUCCGGUCGGCAACAAUUCUUUUAUCCGAGUCCUACCUAUGCUUCCGUCAGUGCUGCUGGCACCCAAGGGAGCACCACAAACCCACCAUCACCCUCCGCCACCACCGCCAUGCCUGAUCUUCGUCGCAAUCCCCGCCGGUCUUCUGUUGUGAAUGGCUCACCGAAAGGGUCUCUUCGUGCGCACUCACAACCCGCUCGACCUCAAAACUCCCCUCUCCAAACCUUCACACCUCUCUAUACAAUCCCGCAACCGCUGGAGACGUCAUUUGGUUCCAAACAACGACCUGUUCCUGAGCCAUCAGAGGGCGGAGAAGGUAGCGGAGAUGAAAGUGCAAUGCCAUCAAACAGCCUUCCCAGCAAUGGGUCACGAUCUGAUUCAUUAGAUGAAAGUCGGGCCCAGGAACUACUGGGUUAUUAUAUAACCCCGCAGCAGUUACAGCUCUAUCAACAGAACUCAAUGGUCUCUUUAACAACGCCUAUGGGAUUAGCGCUACCGAAUGGCUAUGCGCCUUUUGUCUCUUCCCAGCAGGAUUAUCGGUCGAACGGGUUUUCGUCCGAGGGAUUGAGCACCCGGUCAGAGCAAACGCCCACUCCAGGACCAAGGCCCUCUGUGUCAGGCCAGCAGCGUCCGGCUCCACGGCCUGCACCGUCUUCAAAUAGGGGUCCUUUGAUUGUGGAUGGCUCGGUACCACCGAGCGAGAAUCGCCAGCAGUACACAUCGGAUUUGAUCGACACAUAUACAGCAGUUGCGCACUACACGUCGACCUCGGAUGAUCACAACACCCUUACACCUGCUAGCUUCUCUGAUUCACUUUCCCAGGAUUUCCAGGAUCCGGGCCCCUUUGACAUGGAGCAGCAGCCUGUAUUCACUCGGCCGCCAUUUGAAUCGCAAAAGCAAAGCAGUCCGAAUGGUGUUGAUCCAUUGUCCGAAAAGGUGAACGGACAACCGGAGCUUCUCGCAAGCCGAUUGCAAAACCUCCAUUUGUCGAACGCCGAGAAACUGGCUCAGUCUCAAUCUUCGGCCAAGGCCAACUCAGACCGGGAUAAGAAUGGCCCCACCCAUCACGGACCAGUCAAAGAGCCUGCCCACCCUAGAAACCCUCCAUCGGGGGGGAAGGCCUCUUCCACAGCCAAUGCGUCUUCUGGAAAAUCUAAACGAGGGCGGGCAAACGGGGAGGUGAACGGCCUCAGUCGCAACCACAGCCGCAAAACGAAGGCAAAAGGCUCACACGAUGCCCCCCACAAUUCCUCCAACACUGGGAACAAGCCUGGAGCGGCAACGAACGGGGGACCUGAUGGCCACCAUGGUGGAUGGCAGACCACAACCACAAAGAAGAAUCGCAGGAAUCCUAAAUCGUCUGCCGAACACCGAAGUAUAGCCAAUGGUCCCGAGCCAUUGCCUGCUGAUGAGUCUCUGCGUAAAGGCGGAUAA